AUGCAAAAAAAAGAAGAGUAAACAUAAAAGAGAUCAUCAUCUAUUUUCAACAACAUAAUGUGGAUUUUAGUAGGAGUUCUAUUAGCCUACAAUAUUAAAUUAUAUUUUGAUCGUACUUCUUAGGUCUAAUAUGAAAUUAAAGGAAAUGGUAUUAUUUAUGUAUUCAUAAUCAGAAAUCAUUAUGCAAAAUAAUGGCUUAAAUUUGUAAAACUUAUAACUUUCCUCACUUUCAAAAGUCCUUUCUUAAAAUCCAUAGACAACUAAAUUAGAUGCAUAAUUAUCAAUUAAUUAAAUUACUGAUUUUAGAGAUUUCUUUGCUAGUUUAGAGAAUCUAAAUAAUCUAAAUGAAUGUAAGAAUAAUUAAAUAUUUAUUAUAGUAUCACUUUUUAUUGGCCACAAUCCAAUUUUAAAUGAAUAAUAAUAGGCUUAAUCAUUGAAUUAAGCAUUAGCUAAACUCACAAAAUUAAAUACAUUAAAUUUAGGAUUAGAAUCUUUAUUCAAUUAUUAAAGUAGAGAAAUAAUUUUUAAGGGAUUAACUAAUAUUUCUGGAUUGACUUCAUUACAUGUAUCUCUAAUUAAUUGUGAUUUAUCUGGAGAUGGAUUGAAAUCACUUUAUCCAUUGACAGAAUUAAGAAAUUUAAAGUUUUUAGAACUUUUAUUAGUUGGUAGUAAAUUAAAAGAAGAAGAAAUGAAACAUUUAUAAACAAUUUUGCAUAAAUUACCAAAAUUAAACAAAUUAAAUCUUAAUCUAUAUGCAAAUAAAAUAUAAAUUGAUGGAGCAGUUACUUUGAGUGGAGGAUUAUUUUAAUAAAGAUAAUUGAAAGAAUUUGGAAUUGAUCUAUAUUUUAAUAAUAUUACAGCAAAUGGAACAGAAAGUUUAAUGGGAGUUGUAGGUACUAUGGAAAAUUUGACAUCUUUAAAUUUAGGUUUGGAAUUUAAUUAUAUAACUAAUGAUGGAGGUAGAUAAGUUGGAAAAGCAUUAGAAUAAUUAAAGAAACUUAAAGAUUUAUCUGUAAAUGUUGCUUCCAAGAAUUUUGGUUGGGAUGGUUAUGAAUCAGUUGUAAGUGCAAUUGAAAAAUUACCACCUUUGGAAAAUUUAGAAUUGAUAAUUGGAGUCAAUAAAUGUGGAUUACCAGGAGCAGAAUUAUUAAAAUAAACUUUAUUUAAACAUGAUAAAUUAAAAUCAUUGAAAAUUAAUUUCCUUGAAAAUUAUAUAGGUGAUGCAGGAGCAACAUUUAUUGCUGAAGGAAUUCAAUAUUAAAAAAAUUUAUAAUAAUUAAGUGUCAAUAUGAAUUUCAAUUCAUUAUCUGAUAGAGGUGCUCUUGAAUUAGCUAGAGCUGUCAAAAAUGCUAAAUCACCAAAAGUAUAUAUAUAUAUUUUAUUAUAUUUAGAUAGUCGACUUAAGAGUAAGUUAAAAUUAAAUUACUGAUAAGGGAAUCAAAGAUAUAUUUUUACUUUUAGAAUAAUCUCUCCCAAAAGUUGAUUAAUUGGAAGUAGAAUUAUUAAAUACUGCUCUUACAAAUGCAACAAGAGAUGAUAUUGAACUGAAAUAUGGAAAAGUUGAAAAAUUGUAAAUUAAAUUAAAUACAAUCCCACCAAGUAAUUGGGAAUGA